AAACUGUCAAAAUGAAUAGCAGGUAUAUAUAAAUAUAUUUAUGAAUAAGAAGUAAAUGGAAACAAAAAGUCGUUCAUUUGGUUAAAGAAUUAAUACAUUACUACCAGAAGAUAAACAUGAGCUCGAGUUUCGUCGUUGUUAAUGUAUCGAAUUCCCAAAACGAUACAGUGUCGUUUGAAAGAAAAUUUCCAAAGAACAUAACAAUCAUAGAAUUGAAAUACAAGUUAGAAGUCAUCACAGGAGGAAGCGCAGGAACAAUGCAAAUCGAAUUAUUUGAUGGAGAUCAACUUGUAAAAAUUUUAAAUGAUAAUAACUCAAUUUUAGGAUCGUUCGAUAUUAAAGACGGGAUGCGUCUUCAUGUAGUCGAUAAUAUCUUGUUUGACCAAAAUGUACCGAAAUUUGAAUUAACACAAGACCAAUACGACAAGAGAUCAGACAGUUUAAAAAGUUUUUUGACAAGAAAUAAACUUGGUAAAUAUAAUGAAGAAGAGAUGAAAAAACUAGAGAAUGAAAAGGUAAAGCAAUCUGAAAAAGAGGCACGAACUAUCAAUGCUGCUGAAGUUGGUGUACGAUGCAAGGUUUCCAGUAAAGGAAAACCUACAAGAUUCGGCACUGUAAUGUACAAUGGACCAUUAGAAGGCAAAAAAGGAAUUUUUAUUGGAGUGAAAUUCGAUGAACCCUUAGGAAAUAACGAUGGAUCGAUUGAUGGUAAGCGUUAUUUUGAGUGUUGCAAUAAAUAUGGUAGUUUCGUUUCCCCAAAUUUUAUUGAAAUAGGAGAUUUUCCUCCGGAAGAAUUCAAUAUUGAUGAUGAGUUGUAGAGAACAUCAUUUUCUAGCUCUAAAAAUUUUAUUUUUUAUUCAAAAGUGUCAUUAAUAAUAAUUUUAAAGAUCAUAAUAUAAACUAAUGAAAACAUUCA